UGCAGACCAGCGCCGCCCGGCCCGGGACCCGCUCUCUCCCAGCGCGCAGGCUUCUCAGCCAGACUGCGGACGCCGCCCGCUCGCGGCCUCCCCAGUGCUUGCUUUCAUCGCUCGAUCAAACCACCAUUCCGGUGCCGGCCCACUGCCCGCAUCCCGCCAGUGUCCGAGCUCAGCACUCCAGUCCCGGGGAGCCUCCUGGCCGUCGGCGGCCCGUGCGCUCGGCGCCCUGCUCUCGGGCAGAGGGGAGGGCGGCGGCCGGCUGGGGAUGGGCAGCCCGGCGGCACGGAGGGGCGCCGGGGGGCUCCGCGCACUGCUCCUGACGCUGGUUGCGGCGGGAGUCCCCGCGGGCGCCUACAACCUUGAUCCGCAGCGUCCCGUGCGCUUCCAGGGCCCCGCCGGCUCCUUCUUUGGCUACGCGGUGCUGGAGCAUUUCCACGACAACACGCGCUGGGUCCUGGUGGGAGCACCAAAAGCAGAUUCCAAAUACAGCACUUCAGUGAAGUCCCCCGGGGCUGUGUUUAAGUGCCGCGUCCACACCAACCCUGACCGCAGAUGCACCGAACUGGACAUGGCUCGAGGGAAGAAUCGGGGCAUGCCCUGUGGAAAGACCUGCCGAGAAGACCGGGAUGAUGAGUGGAUGGGGGUGAGCCUGGCACGGCAGCCCAAGGCCGAUGGCCGCGUGUUGGCCUGUGCCCACCGGUGGAAGAACAUCUACUAUGAAACAGACCAUAUCCUGCCUCACGGUUUCUGCUACAUCAUCCCAUCCAACCUCCAGGCCCAAGGCAGGACGCUGAUCCCUUGCUACGAAGAGUAUAAGAAGAAGUAUGGAGAGGAACAUGGCUCCUGCCAGGCUGGGAUAGCAGGCUUCUUCACUGAGGAGCUGGUGGUGAUGGGCGCCCCCGGAUCAUUUUAUUGGGCUGGGACGAUCAAAGUGCUGAACCUCACAGACAACACCUAUUUGAAGCUGAAUGAUGAAGCGAUCAUGAACAGGCGGUACACCUACCUGGGCUAUGCAGUGACCGCUGGCCGCUUCUCUCACCCCUCUACCACUGAUGUGGUAGGAGGUGCCCCACAGGAUGAAGGCAUUGGAAAGGUUUAUAUUUUUAGAGUGGACCGAAGAUCAGGGACCUUGAUUAAGAUUUUUCAGGCAUCAGGUAAAAAGAUGGGCUCUUACUUCGGCUCCUCCUUAUGCGCAGUUGACCUGAACGGGGACGGCCUCUCUGACCUGCUGGUGGGGGCCCCCAUGUUUUCUGAGAUCAGAGACGAGGGGCAGGUCACGGUCUACAUCAACAAAGGAAACGGAGCCCUGGAGGAGCAGCUGACCCUGAAUGGGGAUGGUGCUUACAAUGCACACUUUGGGGAGAGCAUUGCCAGCCUGGACGAUCUUGAUGAUGACGGGUUCCCAGAUGUGGCAGUUGGCGCACCCAAAGAAGAUGACUUCGCAGGGGCCGUCUAUAUCUAUCAUGGGGAUGCUGGUGGGAUAGUCCCCCAGUACUCAAAGAAACUGUCUGGGAGGAAGAUUAACCCUGUUCUGCGGAUGUUUGGGCAGUCCAUAUCUGGAGGCAUUGAUAUGGAUGGAAAUGGCUAUCCGGAUGUCACUAUUGGAGCCUUCAUGUCCGACAGUGUGGUUCUUUUAAGGGCCAGGCCGGUCAUUACGGUGGACGUCUCCAUCUUCCUCCCAGGCUCCAUCAACAUCACGGCGCCUCAGUGUCAUGAUGGACAGCAGCCUGUGAACUGCCUGAAUGUCACGGCCUGCUUCAGAUUCCACGGCAGACACGUUCCGGGAGAAAUUGGCCUCAAUUACGUUCUGACAGCAGAUGUGUCCAAGAAGGAGAAGGGCCAGCUGCCCAGGGUCUACUUUGUGUUGCUGGGAGAGACUGCUGGCCAGGUCUCAGAGAAACUACAGCUGACCCACAUGGAGGAGACGUGUCGUCACUACGUGGCCCACGUGAAGCGGAGGGUGCAGGACGUCAUCAGCCCCAUAGUGUUCGAAGCUGCCUACAGCCUCGGAGCACAUGUGACUGGCGAGGAGGAGAGGGAGCUGCCGGCUUUGACUCCAGUUCUGCGCUGGAAGAAGGGACAAAAGAUUGCCCAAAAGAAUCAGACUGUUUUUGAAAGGAAUUGCCGAUCUGAGGACUGUGCUGCCGACCUGCAGCUCCGGGGUAAACUGCUGCUCUCCAGUAUUGAUGAGAAAACCCCAUAUCUAGCUUUGGGAGCUGUGAAGAAUAUCUCCCUAAACAUCUCCAUCUCCAACCUUGGGGACGAUGCCUAUGAUGCCAACGUGUCCUUCAAUGUGUCCCGGGAGCUCUUCUUCAUCAACAUGUGGCAGAAGGAGGAGAUGGGCAUUUCCUGUGAGCUGCUGGAAUCAGACUUCCUCAAAUGCAGCGUGGGGUUUCCUUUCAUGAGGUCAAAGUCGAAGUAUGAAUUCAGCGUGAUCUUUGAUACGAGCCAUCUGUCUGGGGAAGAGGAAGUUCUCAGCUUCAUCAUCACUGCUCAGAGUGGCAACGUGGAGCGCUCUGAGGCCUUGCACGACAACACCUUAACACUGACAGUACCGCUGAUGCACGAAGUGGACACGUCCAUCACUGGAAUCAUAUCUCCGACCUCCUUUGUGUAUGGCGAGUCUGUGGAUGCCUCCAACUUCAUUCAGCUGGAUGACCUGGAGUGCCAUUUCCAGCCCCUCAACGUCACCCUUCAGGUCUAUAACACUGGCCCCAGCACCCUUCCGGGGUCAUCUGUCAGCAUCUCCUUCCCCAACCGACUGUCAUCCAGUGGUGCAGAGAUGUUUCUGGUGCAGGAGAUGAUGGUUGGUCAAGAGAAAGGAAACUGCUCUUUCCAGAAAAACCCAACCCCCUGCAUCAUCCCUCAAGAACAAGAAAAUAUCUUCCACACAAUAUUUGCUUUUUUCACAAAGUCUGGAAGAAAAGUCUUGGAUUGUGAAAAGCCAGGAAUUUCUUGCCUAACAAUGCACUGUAACCUUAGCGCUCUCACCAAAGAGGAAAGUCGCACUCUAGACAUUUACAUGCUGCUGAACACAGAAAUAUUAAAGAAGGACAGUUCAUCUGUCAUCCAGUUCAUGGCUCGAGCCAAGGUGAAGGUGGAUCCCGCCCUAAGGGUGGUGGAAGUGGCUAAUGGGAACCCAGAAGAGAUGACGGUGGUCUUUGAAGCCUUGCACAAUCUGGAGCCCCGUGGCUACGUCGUGGGGUGGAUUAUUGCCAUAAGUUUGCUGGUGGGGAUCCUCAUCUUCCUGCUGCUGGCUGUGCUGCUCUGGAAGAUGGGCUUCUUCCGCAGAAGGUACAAAGAAAUUAUUGAAGCUGAGAAGAACAGGAAAGAGAACGAAGACAGUUGGGACUGGGUCCAGAAAAACCAGUGACCUGCCACACCAUUCGCAUGACCCAAUCACUGGCCUGUCAUCCUUGAUCUUUGUAUCUUCCAUAUUUGGAAGAAAAAAAAAAAUCUUCUCCAGAUUUUUCGGAGGCCCCACUGAUGCUGUUCUCUUCCUCGUUGUGUCAAAGCCCAGGUGCCAGGCCCAGGCAGCCACUUCAGCCAGGUCCCAUGACCGGGAGCCACCAUCACUUCCUUCUGAAGAUGAACUCUGAACUUUGGAAACGAGCUACAGAGCCGAGCAAUAUUUAUGGAUGCAACAUGCGUGGUCAACCCUCAGGGGAAAACUGUUACCUAAAAAUAUUUUUAUAAGUAUAAGCCUUUUAUACUGAUUAUGUCUUUAUAUUUGUAUCAAUGUUUUAUUAUUUCUAUUAAAUAGUUAUAUAAUUCACUCAAGCACUGAUAUCUGGCCUGAAAUCUUGGAAAUACAUGUACCUGUAUACAAAAUUUAAAGGACAAAAAUCUUAUUGUACUUUGGAACUUGCUGUUAAAAAAAAAAAAGGAAAAAAAAAACACUUGCAGAUAAAAUAAGCUGAAGAAACCUCAUGAAAUAAAUCCACUGAAUGAGCAGUACCGCAUAGAAACUGUGGAUGUGGCAAGACCCCCCAAGACACUUCUCAUCGUUAUUGCCUGGAGUCAAGUUUUGGAGUCAUGUGCUAAAGAAUUAUAACUGCUUUUUCAACUGUACCUUUCAAUGGAAUAUUCUCAACAGGAAUUUGGAUGGAAAACCUGAUUCCUAGCAGCAAGUCUACUAUGCGUCACCUCUAUGUAGCAGACAUCUCCCCCUCUUUCUGCUUGAAUUGAUGGAUGAAAGCCUGGAGCAAUGCCAGUUAGUCAUCUGGUAAACCUCAAGGUGGCAUAUUCUCCUGGACACCGUGCAUCAGUGUUCACGCCCGACCAGGACUCCAUCAGUGUCCCCCACACAAAGACAUGAUUCUGAAAGCUCUGAGGCAGUGCCUUUCUAUUGUUGCUUUGGUUCAGAGGACUCCAUUUCCUGCUACUCUUGCUUUCCCAACUCAUUCUGAUUGCAGAUUCCUUCUUAGAGAUGACUUUCAACUGUUCUUUUAAAAUUGUUUUUAUUAUUUCAAAUGUUUUAGGUGGAAUUCUCCAGAAGUAGACCCUAAAAUCAGAUUCAUUUGCAAGUAACUUAUUAAGGAAGUGUUCAGGGGGCAGGAGGGUGAAUACCAGUGAGGGAAGAGGGGGGUUAGGACCUGGCAGGGAGGAAGCCAGGCAAAGGGGCCAUUUCAGGGCAAAUGAUGCCUCAGAGUUGUCCCAACUGGAGAUAAGCCAGCUGGGCUUUAGUAUUUCCACAGCCUACGGCUGGGGGUAGAUGGCUCUCGCCUCCCCAGGAGAGCUACAGGUGCACCCCCAGCCCAGGAAAAUAGAAAUGGUGCAAAAGAAAUGAUGCAGAGAUCUGAGCAGAGUACCGAUGUGCCCCUGGUCUCCCACAUGCGGUAAUGCUGAGUUAUGGCCAUCAGUAUUCAAACUGUCUACUUGAUGGUAUUUGGUGUCAGAUACACUGUGCUGCCCAGUUCUAAGUGUGGUGCAAAUUUCUAAAAGGGCACUGAGAUGCUGGAUGGAGCAUGCUCGGUACUGCACCUGGCCCCUGAUGAAUGCUCGGUAGCUACUAGAAGCUAUGGCUGCUGUCCCUGAUGCUGGAUAACCGUCUAACAAGACAGAAAUUGGGGCUAGGCAAAGGGUCUGACAAAGGGUCUCAAUGACUUAUUAGAGCCUGCUGAAGCCCCAGCUACAUACAGAUGGUCCAGAAGGUCCCCAGAGAAUAUCACAGGCAUGUCGGGCCCUCCCUUAAUGGGUGUAGAGUGUGGAUUCUGUUAUGAGACUCCAUUUGCAACUUUCCUUGGAUGGACUCUCAUUAAUUUUACCAUGUUUUCCUUUAGCAAAUCAUUUAAGAUUCUUAGGUGGUAAACCCAGGACAGCUCCAUUAUCAGCUUUGGCCAAAUGCAUUUAUUGCCACUAACCUUCUUCCUGAGAAAGGUUCAGACUCAUCCAUCACAGAGUAGAAGGGUGAUUCACAAGGUCCAUGGUUCUGCCAGCUAGAAGGCAAAGCCCCAUUUGUGGACCCCUGUGGGCAGUCCUGGAGCCGGGAUCCGUGCACUUCUGCUUGAUUCUGAAUAGUAGACCCACUUGAGUGGUUACAUACUCAGGAGGUCACUCAGACUCCAUAAGGCAGUUUUUAGGAGAACUAUACUUGAUACCACCAGGAGCAAAUACUGGAAUCCACCCAAGGACCCAUCUGGGAAAGGAUGGUGCCUCUGCUUGUCAGAUCCUGCUGAGUGGCUGGUGGGACUACAGAGACCGGGAGGUAAUCAUUUAGCACAGUGAUGGAGAAAGAAGUGUUCUGGACAGUUCGCUGCUCCAUUCUAACCCCAUAGCUCUAAUCCUUAGUCUUGGGGUUGGGAAGCAGACAGGGCUGGCUAGUGUGUCUGCGUUGCCUCUCCAAGGAUUCUCUCCAAAUCCCACCAUGUAUCCCAUUCCACCCUUCUUGCUUCUAUGGAUAGGUUCAUUGUGGAAUCUUCACAUAUUCUCUUGGGUACCAUUAUUCCAGUCUGCUUCAGGUUUUAAUCAGCUAUUGAAGCACUAACAUGCUUUUUAAAUAUGAAAAAAAAAACUUAGGAGAAAUUGAGUAAGAUAAUGCCCCUUUUCCAAAAAUAGAUUCCCCUAUGCUCAAUUCAUACAGUGAGCCCUGGACCUGUCAUCAAGAAGUAUCCAUGAAGGAGACACUAGUAGGAAGGAUCAGGGUCCAUUGGCUUUGUGGUUAUGGACAGGCACAUUCAGAAUCACUGCCACUGAGAAAACCUUUGGCAAUGCUUCAGGAAACCUCUCUUGGCACCACCAGUGUUUUUAGAGAUUUGGCAAACUUUUAGAAAGUCCUCUUCCACAGAGUCAUGUGUAGCCUGCUGUUCUAGAAGCAAAGACAAGGAGGUUGGCAGGAAACAGAAAAGCCGUGGCACUCCCAAAACACCUGGGGCUUGUCUUCCGUGCACAAUUAAUUAUGGUGGACUUCCCAUGACCCAGGUGCUGUGUGCCACCUGUUGAACCCCAGCAUGGUGGGUUUUUAAAAGGUAUUCAUGGACUUUUAUUUUUGGGUGAGGCAUUAUAGCCAGGUAAUGCAAUUAUGCCUGAUUACUUGUGAAAUAUACACCUGGUAAACCAGUCCUGAUUUCCUGGUUCCAGUUUCCCAGAAUGUAUAGGUGCUACAAAGAAUUCUUAUUUGGGGAAUGGGCUAAGGAUGUAGCUUAGUGGCAGAGCACUUGUCUAACAUGCACACGGCCUUAGGUUCAAUCGCCAGCAUAACAACAACAACAAAAAUUGCCAUUUGGGAGAAAUAGCCCCUUUAGCAGACAGAAGGCAGGAAGUGAGCAUUAUUUCAGCAUGCCCCACGAUUGCAGUUUUAACUGAUGUUUUAGUUGGUCUUGUUUUGAUCUAUAGGGUAAUAAUAUACACAGUUGAGAAUAUUUUCUGCAACAAUAGCUGAAAGGAGGAGACGGAGCCAAUAGGGCCAAACUGAACCUUCUAGAAUGUCUUCUGACUUUUCAGCACAUGGGAGGGAUAAGGAGCAAAUUUCCCAAUAUGGUGCAAUGCUUUAUAGCACAAUGAUCUAGAUUUCAGAUUUUGUUAAGGUGUUUUGUUUUUAAUUCUAAUGUGCACGGUGUGAUUGGCAGCAUAAGUUAAAAAGCUUUAAGAGUGAUUAAUUGCAUGGCAGUGCACCCACGCUCUCUCCACUUAACAGAACUUUACUGAGGCAUCCAUGUACAUUUCUGUGGAGGAAUUUUGGUGAGAAGGUGUUCCUCUGUAUGAUGUCUCCUUUAUUAAAGUCUACGCAGUCACUUCUAAUUCACUUGCACUGUUUGGGAAAUGUCAGGUUUACAAAAAUACAUGUUUGGAAUAAACAAAAAAUGGCUGCAAAUGA